UUUCUGGGCUCUGUUUCUUCAUCUUGAUUCUAAAAAAUGGGUGAAUCUGCAGUUUUAGCUCAUUCGUAUUCCUUCGCAGCUCCUAUUACCCGUACCGAUUCUCACGAGGAACACACGAACCAUGCGCUUAGCCAAUCAGUCUCCUUCGGGAAAUUCAUGACAGAGAAUCUAGAAUGGGGAAAAUGGUCAACUUUCUCACACAAGAAGUAUGUAGAAGAAGCAGAGAAGUACUCUCGUCCAGGCUCCGUUGCUCAGAAGAAAGCCUUCUUCGAAGCUCAUUACAAGAGAAUAGCCGAAGCCAAGAAAGCUGCAACGGAGGAACAACCAACGGUAACCCCUGCUGAAGUCUUGCUUCAGGCUUUGGAGACUCAGCCUCCGUUGAGCUUAGUACCAGAGGAAGAAUCAAUCACCGAGAGGAGAAGUAUUGAAAACGACGACGUUCUUGUUGUUGCUAUGGAUGAUUCAUUGGAAGUAGUUAAGGAAAGUGAGUGUGAUGAUGAUAAGGAGAAGGAGCAAGAGGAGAAAACUAGGAGAUCGAUGACCAAGAAUAGACCGGUAUUUAGAUUGUCUUUGGAGAAAACAAUUCCUCCUCCAAAGCCUGUAGAUACAAUAAGGACAGAGGUUGCUUCAUUAGAGAAAACAAGCGAAAAACCGAUAACUCAGAGCUCAGGGAAGAAUGAAGAGAAACCGGUUCACCGCAAGAAAUUCAGUUUCUUGAACUGUUUUAAGGGUAGUGCUAAAACUCGAGAUCAGAAUCAGAGUAGGAACAAGGGAAAGAGGGGGACAAAGAAACAGAAGAAGCAGUCUCUCUGUCUUUGUUUCAAGCCCAAAACUGUAAGAGAAUCAUAAAGAAAAGCUAAAGAGGGUCAAAGAAAAUAACGUUGGAGAAACUCUUGGGGGGGGGGGGGGG